CUUUCAGGUACCCUACGAUAAGUACAUAGGUAUACAAUACCCGCGCACAGACGCUACCGGUGUCGCGAUUUCCCGACAAAGGAAACGCGCAUCGUUAAAGUACAGGUGUAGCUGCGAGUUAGAGAUUAUUCCAUUACUUCGUAUCACAAGUCGUUUACCUUUAUCAUUACCACUCACGAUCCGAAUAAUUGCGCCAGCUUACCCUAAAUACCUUGGUAAACGACGAACCCAGCCAAUACUAUCCAACCAUCCCAUCUCGCGUACAACAAGCGACUCACCUCCGCGACUCAACGUAAAUCUACUCCCCCCCCUUUUACUCUCAGGACUUUUAGCAGCAGGGAAGGAGACCCGGCAUGGGUCUUGCUGGAGGACAAGAUGCAACAACGAAGAGAUGAGAUUCUAGCAAAAAAGGCAAAGCUUGCAGAGCUCAAGCGACAAAGAGAGUUAAGAGCGAACCAGGCGGCCACUGUUGCUAGAACUAGCGUAGGCGGACCUAGCGAUCUCAUCUCUCCCACACCCGGCCGUGACAAUAGGAAGGUCAUCGAGUCCCUGAUUAACAGUCUAGUCGGCGAAAGUAGACCUGCAUCUUCUACCACGGGCGUAGCCUCUCCCGGUCUACGUGGAAGCCGACCCAAUAGUGUCCUAAGUGGCGACGACCUGAGCGGUGAGCACUCGGAAUACGCUUCGCAGCUGAACGGCCAGUUUGCCUCUUCUCAACCCCAAAUCUUGACUACCGUCCCUCUCCAAACCAUCUUUGAGUGCCCGCCGUCGCCGGUCAAGGAGGUGUUUUCCUACAGCAAAGGCGUGCAGACUACAGAUGACUGGACGCCCCCUGCUACCCGACCCAGAGCCUUUUCGGACCUUGAUGACGAGGACCUGCCCGCCACAACAUCUACCCCUAGCAAACGGCUGAGCAGAUGGAAGCGUGACAGGGAAGAAGAAUUACGCCAGAACUUGCGACUGGAGAUCGAAGAAGAGCUGAAGGCUGCUCGUGAGCUCAUCACUGAUGGUCCAUUGCAGACUGGUUCUGUUGUUACCUCGAAUUUCCCAGCUAGGGCGUUAAGUAAUGAGGAGCUAGCCGCCGUCGUAGCAUCCGACGACUUUGUCGAUUUUGUCGAGCGUUCUACCAAGGUGAUCGAACGAGCGCUCGAUAUUAGCAACGAAUACGACAUCUUGACCGAUUACUCGCUCCAGGCCCACGAUAUUGAAGACGAAGAUGAGCAGGCCGGCAAUACCGGUGGCAAAGGCCGCCGUCGGGUCAAGGAAGUUGUACAGUUCUACGAUGAAAGGUGGUCCAAGAAGCGCAUGAUUAGCAGCAUUGAUUUCUCGCCUAAGUUCCCCGAGCUUUUGCUCGCCUCUUAUACCAAAAACCCAUCUGCACCUCACGAUCCCGAUGGUAUUGUACAGGUUUGGAACCAGCAUCUCCAUGAUCGACCCGAGUUCCUCUUCCAUGCCCCGUCCGAUAUCCUCACUGCCAAAUUCUCUCCUUUCCACCCCAAUCUAAUCAUCGGCGGCACAUAUUCCGGCCAGGUUCUCCUCUGGGACACCCGGGCUAAAUCUGCUCCGGUGCAGAAGACACCCCUUACGGGUUCCGGCCAUUCCCAUCCUGUCUACUCUGUCGACAUUGUCGGUACUCAGAAUGCGAAUAAUAUCAUCUCGAUUUCCACCGACGGCGCUUUCUGCGUGUGGAGCGUCGACAUGCUGUCUCAGCCGCAAGAAUCGCUAACCCUUACCACGCCGCCUCCCAACAAGUUCGAGGACCUCGCACCGACUACCAUGGCUUUCCCCCAAGCAGAUCCAACCUAUUUCCUGGUCGGUUCAGAAGAAGGUUCUAUUUACCCAUGUCACCGGUACGAUCGUGCCGGCGCUAAGGCGGGCGUCGAUUCGCGCGUUUCUUACAAAGGCCAUGCUGCCCCCGUCAUGAGCGUCGAUUUCCACCCCGCCCGCGGCCCUGUAGAUCUAGGCGACUUGGUGCUCUCCUCGUCCCUUGAUUGGUCCGUCAAACUAUGGAAAGUGCGCGCUCCUGCUGCCACGAGCACCAUCGUUGAGAGCGCGGGUACUGCCGUCCAUCCACUACUCGAGUUUGUGCGCGAGGACGUCGUCUACGACGCAGCAUGGUCGCCCGUACGUCCUGGCGUCUUCGCUCUCGUUGACGGAGCAGGCUCGCUCGAACUCUGGGACGUCACCGUCGAAACCGAGAUCCCCGUGGCUAAGAUUAGUCCUACGCCUCGUAAAGACGGUCGUCAACUACUCAGUAAGAGCUUGAACAAGAUCGCCUGGGAGAGUAGCGAGGGGAAGCGACUUGCUACGGGUGGUAUCGAUGCGGUAGUCAGCGUCUUCGAAGUCGGUCCCGACUUGGGUGGUAAAGAGUCAGUUCGGAGCGAAGAGUGGACGAACGUCAAGAAGCUAGUAGCAAGGCUCGAAGCUGUGAACGGAGGUGUUAUUAGCUUCGUAUAAGACGACUUGGAUGAACUUUAUUUUUUUCGGUCCGUUCUUGAUAUCAGGUUUGCUUCUGGUUGUAAAUAUCGUGUCAGGAGUCGUCAGUGGGCUACCUUGACAUGCGUCUAUGUAUUAUACCCAGCCCGAGGAUGGCAUUUGUCAAACGAUGAGAUGAGAUGGCGGGCAUGGUGUUUGGCUCUCCCAGCUAGGGACUAGGAUACCGAGACACUUCUUGACUAGACG